GCUUGUCACUGUGUGCGGCUCGCUCGAGGAUAGAGGACCGUUCGAAGGCGCUCUGCCGCUGCAAACAACGCAAGCAAGCCCGCCGACACGCCGACAGUGCUUUCCGCGCGACCCACCCGGGAAAUCAGUGUUGAAUUUAAGUGACUUUACUUGGAGUAGUGCAUCUUUUUUCUCCGUCCGCCAGGAGUCCAGUUUGAGCCAAAGGAAAAGGUGAGCCACGAAUUCGUGUGUUUGUAACCCACAAAUGCCGCAUCAUCUCUUUCCUGUUCUAUUCCUCGCGGACUCUGCUUGGCUCGGGUGCAGGAGGAAAUUCGUCCAUUCGUCAGAUUCUGAAUGAUGGACGACCAGCAGUUCUAGCUGUAACUCGAAACAAAGGAGUGGAAACAAGAGACUUUUGAUUAUCAUCCGCCGCGCCAAGUGGACAAUAAUUGUUUGUAAUGACGUCAUCGUAACGAGCUGCAAUCGAAAAUUGAAAGAGCGGCCCGACUCGUCAAUUCAGCAGGUUGCCUGGAAUGAGGUGAUCAGCAUGAUGAUCCGCGUGACGCUGUUGCUGGGCGCGUGGGCGUGCGCCGCCUCCGCCGUCGAGCCGAGCACCAGCCCCAACUCGGCGGUGAUGCCGAGCGUGUCGUACCUCGAACUUACAGGCUCGACAUACAGUUCCCAAGAGAUGGACAUCGCCGCCGUGUUCAACAAGGUGGCGCACGGCGAUCUAACCCCCGCUCCGCCCGCCCACACGACGGCUGCCACCACCACCGCGACGCGUCCGACGCCGCCGCCGCCGCAGGUUCCCUUCACGCCGCCUGCCAGGAAGUGGCACUCGACGCCAGCCCCCGAGGCCCCAGUCACGCGCGCCCGGCUGAAGACCCCGGCGCGCCCGGAAUUUGCCAAUGUGUUCGCCAGCAAGGACAUUUUGCGAGGCUCAAUAAACGAUGGCUCGCACAGCUCGCACAAACGGCUGCCACCGCCGGUGCUGUCCAAGGUGCCGCCAGAGGAGCGAAUCCCGUACCGACCGCCGGACCUGCCCGUCAAGCACCAGCCCCUGAACACCCCGGCCAGGGGCGGAGAGGGCAAGGACGCGGCCCCUGCCGGCGGCCAGAGGCACAACGACCCACACAACGAAACCGAGGUCAACUUUGUGCCCAUCCUUAAGGACCCGGCCGUGACCCGCAUCCUGUCUGGCAGCAGCGGCCGCAAGGAGCCUGAAUUGUUCCCCUACGAUCUGACUAAGCUAUUCCCCACAACUCGUCCAACGACCACGACCACUACCACGACAACCACCACUACAACCACCACCGCGACGCCACAAACCGAGGAGGAUAUCGAUGAGAUGUUUGAUGUGCGGAUGGUGACCCAUAUUGAAAACGAGCUGCUCCCCGAGCAGGUGCCCGAAGAUGAACGGCUCAUCCAGGGGGAAGACUACGACCUCAAGGUGUGGCGGGUGGCAUGGGACGUGCACGUCUACCUGAUGGGUGGCCUCUUCCUGCUGCUGGUGCUGCUGUGCGUCUCGACCUGGCUGCGCAGGGGAGGCGGACGGGUGCUCUCGCCGAUCUACCUCCACCUGAGCAACGGACUGCUGCUGACGAUCGGCGUGCUGCGCGCCACCUUCCUCCUGCACGACGCCUACAACCGCCAAAGGUCGUACCCUGAGGCGCUGGCCCCCGUGCUGCUGCACUUUGCCCUUCCCCUCUUGUGCCUGUGCUUCGCCCUGCUCUUCCUGUUUGUGGCAAAGUUCACGAGGACUCAGCUGCUGUCGUUCGGCCGGCCAGCACUGGUGGCCGCGGCCACCGCGGCCGUCAUGCUGGUGGUCUUGUGUCUCGGCCUACAACUGGCCGCCGGGCUGGUCGCUCAGCCGGUGGCCAAACGCCUGUUGCUGAUAAACGAGUGGCUGCUGCUAGUGUGCGCCGUCUCCCUGUCGCUGGCCUAUCUGGCCGCCUUCCCCCUCCUCUCCCGCUCGCUGAGCACCCUCAACCCCAUGUUCUCGACGACGCAGCAUGUUCCGCCAGCGUCAUUGGGCCUAGUGCUGCGCUCCCUGCUGGCCGUGGCCAUGUUGCUGCUGCUGCUCGUCUGCGUUCACCUGUACGGCGUCUUCGGCGUCACCGGUCUCUUCGGCGACCAGCCGCCUAGACUAUGGCCCUGGUGGGGUUUCCACUUCUCCGUAAGGGUGAUCGAGGUGUCCAUCAGCCUGCUGAUGGCGUUCGUCGCCGCCCUCAAGGUGCCGUCGCCCUCGAAGAAGGCAUUCAAGGACCCGGUCAGAGUGUCUCAGGACCUUUACCCUGCCGUGUGCGGCGCCAAUUACGCCGUGCAGAAGAAAUUGUACGAGGACCCCUACCAGCUGCGCACCUUGGUCGCCCCACCGACGCCGAUGCUGCAGGCCUUACCCGUGGCCCUUCCCGUCGAGCCGCCGCCGCUGCCAUCGGAGCGGCCCAGCUCGAUGCUGUUCGCCGAGGACGGCAUCGUGCGCUUCCGCACCUCCGCCGACCCCGAGCAGCCCAUGGAGGAGGUGCUGCACCGGACCAUGUCCCGCAACGGCGGCAUGGGGGUGCCUGGACCCCGGCCGCCCAUUCCCCAGCCGCGAUGGGUCGGUCACUUUCACCACACGUCUGACUCAGAUUUUACCGACGAGUCCACGCCGUCCUUGGCGUCUUCCUCAGGAGGCUCUCGGCACCCCAGGGGGCCCUCGGAAGACGUGAGCCCCGACUCGGCAGUCGGCUCGGACAUUUACUCGAAAAACGGUGACAUGUGGCGGGAUGACAUCCUGCCGCACUGCAUCAUGGAGCGGCUGGUCUCCCUCCACGGGGGCUACUCACCCCUGGCGUAUCCGCCCUACCCGCUCGCCUCCCCCACCGCCGGACACUGCAACCUGUACGCGCGACCGGACGACGAGAGUGCUGUAUGAGCAGCGCAUAAACAAGUCCUUCCAAACGACUGAUUAGGAUACGAAAAUCAAAAGAGAUCGAGGACCAUGCUCUAUGCGUACUCGGUUCGGCCCGGCCCGCGGGAAAGUGACCGGAGGAAGAGAUAGGCGUGCGAAGGGAGAGAGACUACUAUACUUGCCUCCUGUGGUACUGCAAGUGCGAGUGAACCCUAUUAAUUUUGUACAUUGACCACACGCGUAACUAGUCGGACUGAUUUAUUGAAUUACUUCUCCUUUUAUUAUGUGUAAGGAGUGGCUAUUUUAACUACGGAGAUGUUUAUGAGACGGAAAUUCCCACUUGUUCUUUCCAAUGUACAUAAUCAACAUGUGAUGUAAAUUAGAGAAAAUAAAAGUUAAAUGAAACAUAA